UUUGAGGAGGCGGGGGAUAGAACCUGGGUGAUAGCGGGUGGUGAGGUUCGGAUGCUGCUUGCUAGCUAGCUUGUGAAGCUAAGCUGACGGACUAUGGACGCGAAAGAAGCUUGGGGUCAGCAGGACCGAAAGUAGAAACAGCGGAGCGCAGAGCGGGGACUUUUUUUGUCAGCUAGCGGGCACUGGAGCUGCAGCCAUGUCAGACAAGAUGUCUAGUUUUCUCCAUGUUGGGGACAUUGUUUCUCUAUAUGCGGAGGGGUCUGUCAAUGGGUUCAUCAACACGCUGGGAUUGGUGGAUGACAGGUGUGUGGUACAGCCAGAUGCAGGCGAUCUCAAUAAUCCACCCAAAAAAUUCCGAGAUUGCCUGUUUAGACUGUGUCCUAUGAACAGAUACUCAGCUCAAAAGCAGUUCUGGAAAGCAGCAAAACCUGGAGCCAGUAGCACCACAGAUACUGUCCUGUUAAACAAACUACAUCAUGCAGCUGACUUGGAGAAAAAGCAGAAUGAGACAGAGAAUCGCAAGUUACUGGGGACAGUUAUUCAGUAUGGAAAUGUGAUUCAGUUGCUGCACCUGAAGAGUAACAAGUACCUGACAGUGAACAAGCGCCUCCCUGCUUUGUUGGAAAAGAAUGCCAUGCGUGUGACCCUGGAUGAGGCUGGCAAUGAGGGCUCCUGGUUCUACAUUCAGCCAUUCUACAAGCUGCGCUCUAUUGGGGACAGUGUUGUCAUCGGAGAUAAAGUUGUGCUUAACCCAGUGAAUGCUGGGCAGCCAUUACAUGCCAGCAGCCACCAGCUAGCUGAUAACCCAGGGUGCAACGAGGUGAAUUCUGUGAACUGUAACACCAGCUGGAAGAUUGUCCUGUUUAUGAAAUGGAGUGAUAACAAAGAUGACAUUCUCAAAGGGGGAGAUGUUGUGCGGCUUUUCCAUGCAGAGCAGGAGAAGUUUUUGACAUGUGAUGAGCACAGAAAGAAGCAGUAUGUAUUCCUCAGGACAACAGGCCGCCAGUCAGCUACUUCUGCAACAAGUUCAAAAGCAUUAUGGGAAGUUGAGGUUGUGCAGCAUGACCCCUGUAGGGGGGGUGCUGGCUACUGGAACAGCCUCUUCCGAUUCAAGCACUUGGCUACAGGGCAUUAUUUGGCAGCGGAGGUAAAUCCUGACUAUGAGGCAGGGUGCCUGGAGUCUGAGGUCUCAAUAGAUGCAGAGCCAGAUGGAGGCAAUGCAAGAAUGCAGAUGGUACCGGAGAAAAUGAUGUGCACCUUGAUCUCUGUCCCUGAAGGAAAUGACAUUUCCUCCAUCUUUGAACUAGACCCAACUACUCUGAGAGGAGGAGACAGUCUGGUACCCAGAAAUUCUUAUGUUAGACUGCGGCAUCUCUGUACUAACACCUGGGUACACAGCACUAAUAGUCCUAUAGACAAGGAUGAAGAGAAACCAGUUAUGUUGAGGAUUGGCACAUCACCAGUGAAAGAAGACAAGGAAGCAUUUGCCAUCGUCCCUGUGUCCCCAGCCGAAGUGCGGGAUCUGGAUUUUGCUAAUGAUGCUAGCAAGGUCCUUUCUUCUAUUGCUGGAAAGCUGGAAAAGGGAACAAUUACACAGAAUGAGAGAAGGUCUGUUACCAAGCUGCUGGAGGAGUUGGUUUACUUUGUGACAGGUUUGGUGAAUGCUGGUCAAGACAUCCUUGAAGUCUUGGUUAAUAAACCCAACAGGGAGCGCCAGAAACUGAUGCGGGAGCAAAAUAUACUUAAGCAGAUCUUCAAGCUGUUGCAGGCUCCGUUUACGGACUCUGGAGAUGGUCCGAUGUUGCGUCUGGAAGAGCUGGGAGACCAGAGACACGCACCUUUUCGGCACAUCUGCCGUCUUUGCUACCGUGUUUUGAGGCAUUCCCAGCAAGACUACCGGAAAAACCAGGAGUACAUAGCCAAACAGUUUGGGUUCAUGCAGAAGCAGAUUGGUUAUGAUGUUUUGGCGGAAGAUACAAUCACAGCUCUUCUACACAAUAAUCGCAAGCUACUGGAGAAACACAUCACUGCUGCAGAGAUUGACACCUUUGUGAGCCUAGUACGAAAGAACCGGGAGCCAAGGUUUUUGGAUUAUCUGUCUGAUCUCUGUGUAUCCAUGAAUAAAUCCAUUCCAGUCACCCAGGAGUUGAUUUGUAAGGCUGUUCUAAACCCAGCCAAUGCUGACAUCCUGAUUGAGACUAAGCUUGUCCUGUCACGCUUUGAGUUUGAGGGAGUUGCUAGUGGUGAAAGCCCCUUAGAAACAGGGGAAGAUGAGGAGGAGGUUUGGCUUUUCUGGAGAGAUAGUAAUAAAGAGAUUCGCAGUAAGAGUGUAAGAGAACUGGCGCAAGAUGCAAAAGAAGGACAGAAAGAGGACCAAGAUGUUCUGAACUACUACAGAUACCAACUGAAUCUCUUUGCCCGCAUGUGCCUUGACCGACAGUAUUUAGCCAUAAAUGAGAUUUCAGGCCAGCUGGAUGUGGACCUUAUACUCCGUUGUAUGUCUGAUGAGAAUCUUCCAUUUGAUCUCCGUGCUUCCUUUUGCCGACUCAUGCUACACAUGCAUGUAGAUCGUGACCCACAGGAGCAGGUGACUCCGGUGAAAUAUGCCCGUCUCUGGUCAGAGAUUCCAUCUGAGAUUGCAAUAGAUGACUAUGACAGCAGUGGUACAUCAAGGGAUGAUAUAAAGGAGCGCUUUGCACAGACUAUGGAAUUUGUUGAAGAAUAUCUUAGGGAUGUGGUUGGACAGCGGUUCCCGUUUGCAGACAAGGAAAAGAACAAGCUAACUUUUGAGGUGGUAAACCUGGCUCGGAACCUCAUAUACUUUGGAUUCUAUAACUUUAGUGACCUUCUUCGUCUGACCAAGAUUCUGCUUGCAAUACUAGAUUGUGUGCAUUUGAUUGCCAACUUCCCAUCCAGCAAGAUGGGUAAGGGGGAGGAAAGCAAAGGUGGCAGCAAUGUCAUGCGAUCCAUACAUGGUGUUGGGGAACUGAUGACACAGGUUGUGUUGCGGGGAGGAGGCUUCCUCCCAAUGACACCUAUGGCUGCCCCUGAAGGGACCAUCAAAGCUCAGCGAGAACCAGAGAAGGAGGAUAUACUUGUAAUGGAUACAAAGUUAAAGAUCAUCGAGAUCUUGCAGUUUAUCUUGAAUGUACGUCUGGAUUACCGUAUCUCUUGUCUCCUUUGCAUCUUCAAAAGUGAAUUUGAUGAGAGCAAUGCGCAGAGUGUAGAGGGUAGCACAGAGGCCACGACUGUAGUACCUGGUACACUGGAUUUUGAGCACAUUGAGGAACAGGCCGAGGGAAUCUUCGGUGGAAGUGAGGAGAACACGCCUCUGGAUCUAGAUGAUGAUGGAGGCCGCACAUUCCUCCGUGUUUUGCUUCAUCUCACCAUGCAUGAUUACCCUCCAUUGGUUUCGGGGGCCCUGCACCUGCUCUUUAGACAUUUCAGCCAGCGGCAGGAAGUGUUACAGGCCUUUAAACAGGUUCAACUUUUGGUGACCAGCCAAGAUGUGGAUAACUACAAGCAGAUUAAGCAAGACUUAGACCAACUGAGAUCCAUUGUUGAAAAAUCUGAACUGUGGGUGUAUAAAGGAUCAGGACCAGAAGAGGUUACAGAGGCUCAAGCUGGGGGUGCAGACAAGGAGACACCAGGGAAAUCUAAAAAGUCUGAGAGCACAAGCAGCUAUAAUUACAGAGUGGUUAGAGAGAUACUUCUUAGACUGAGCAAGCUUUGCGUGCAGGAAAAUACCACAGGGCGCAGGAACCGCAAGCAGCAGCAGCGCCUGCUGAGGAACAUGGGAGCGCAUAGCGUGGUGUUGGAACUACUGCAGAUUCCUUACGAAAAGACGGAGGAUACACGGAUGCAGGAAAUCAUGAAAAUUGCGCACGAGUUUCUGCAGAACUUCUGUGCUGGGAACCAGCAGAACCAGGCGCUGCUUCAUAAGCAUAUCAAUUUGUUCCUAACUCCUGGGAUCCUGGAGGCAGUCACUAUGCAGCACAUCUUCAUGAACAAUUUCCAGUUGUGCAGCGAGAUUAAUGAGCGGGUUGUUCAGCAUUUCGCUCACUGCAUUGAGACUCAUGGGAGAAACGUACAGUACAUCAAGUUUCUGCAAACUAUUGUAAAGGCUGAAGGCCGUUUCAUCAAGAAAUGCCAGGACAUAGUUAUGGCAGAGCUAGUGAACUCUGGCGAGGAUGUCCUUGUAUUCUAUAACGACAGAGCAUCGUUCCAAACGUUGGUGCAGAUGAUGCGCUCUGAGAGAGAGCGAAUGGACGAGAACAGCCCACUUAUGUAUCACAUACACUUAGUGGAGUUGUUGGCUGUAUGUACAGAAGGAAAGAAUGUCUACACAGAGAUAAAGUGCAAUUCUUUGCUGCCAUUGGAUGAUAUUGUGCGUGUGGUGACCCACGAGGACUGUAUUCCUGAGGUGAAGAUUGCAUACAUUAAUUUUCUUAAUCACUGCUAUGUGGAUACAGAAGUGGAAAUGAAGGAAAUUUAUACCAGUAACCACAUGUGGAAAUUGUUUGAGAACUUCCUCGUGGACAUCUGCCGGGUGUGUAACAGUACAAGCGAUCGCAAGCAUGCUGACAUUGUUCUAGAACGUUAUGUAACCGAAACCGUGAUGAGCAUAGUGAACACCUUCUUCAGCUCUCCAUUUUCUGACCAAAGCACAACUCUACAGGUUUCAAAGCUCGCCAUGGUGCAUCAGACUCGGCAGCCAGUAUUUGUACAGCUACUACAGGCCAUUUUCCGAGUUUAUCACUGCAACUGGCUCCUUCCUUCCCAGAAAGCAUCGGUAGAAAGUUGCAUCCGAGUUCUUUCAGAUGUGGCAAAAAGCAGAGCCAUUGCCAUCCCUGUAGACCUGGACAGCCAGGUAAACAACUUAUUCUUGAAGAGCCAUAACAUCGUACAGAAGACUGCAAUGAGCUGGCGUAUGUCUGUUCGAAAUGCAGCUCGACGUGAUUCUGUACUUACGGCAUCAAGGGACUACCGAAACAUCAUUGAGAGGCUGCAGGAUAUAGUUUCAUCGUUGGAAGAUCGCCUCCGGCCUUUGGUUCAAGCAGAACUUUCAGUCCUUGUUGAUGUCUUACACCGACCAGAACUUCUAUUUCCAGAGAACACAGAUGCUCGUAAGAAGUGUGAGAGUGGCCAGUUCAUAUGCAAGCUCAUUCGGCACACAAAGCUGCUUUUAGAAGAAAAUGAGGAAAAACUGUGCAUCAAAGUCCUGCAGACGCUAAGAGAGAUGAUGGCCAAAGACAGGGGCUUUGGAGACAAGCUGGUAGCUCUCGAUGCAGUGGAAAGCUCAGAGUCGCCGAAACUGCACGGGUCGGAGGAGGAGCAUGUCCAGGCCCAGCCUCUGAGACAACUGGAGGAUAUCAAGAGGGGAGAAGCUUUAAGGGUAAUUUUAGUGAAUCGGUACUAUGGUAAUAUACGCCCAGCUGGAAGACGUGAGAGCCUGACAAGUUUUGGGAAUGGCCCUUUAUCGGGAGGUGGCAGUGGGAAGUCAGGAGGUGGUGGUAUUGGAUCAGGAACUCUCAGCCGAGGCGAGAUGUCUCUCUCAGAUGUUCAGUGUCACCUUGAUAAGCAAGGGGCUUCGGAUUUAGUCAUCGACUUAAUCAUGAAUGCAACCAGUGAUCGUGUGUUCCAUGAAAGCAUCCUAUUAGCCAUUGCCUUGCUAGAAGGAGGAAACACUACCAUCCAGCACUCUUUCUUCUGCCGGCUAACAGAAGACAAGAAGUCUGAAAAGUUUUUUAAAGUUUUCUUUGACCGGAUGAAGGUGGCCCAACAAGAGAUAAAAGCCACUGUAACCGUGAACACUAGUGAUCUAGGGAGCAAAAAGAGAGAUGAGGAACAGUCAGAGAGGGAAACUCCUCACCGCAAAAGAGUCCGGGAGCCCAGCGGGCAGAUAACUGAGGAGGCCAAAGAGCAGCUAAUAGAGGCUUCUGUUGCCACAAAGAAAGCAUAUAAUUCAUUCCGUCGGGAGGCCGACCCUGAUGAUCACUUCUCUUUGGGGGAAGGCAUGAUGGCUGCUUCAGAAAAAGGCAGGGAUGAACUGGAAAUGAGUGCAGUCAUUACUAUCAUGCAGCCUAUCCUGCGAUUCUUACAGCUGCUGUGUGAGAACCAUAACCGGGACUUGCAGAAUUUUCUACGAUGUCAAAAUAAUAAAACCAACUACAAUCUAGUGUGUGAGACCCUGCAAUUUUUGGACUGCAUAUGUGGUAGCACCACCGGUGGGCUGGGCCUGCUUGGACUCUACAUUAAUGAGAAGAACGUGGCUCUCAUUAACCAGACUCUGGAAAGCCUGACUGAAUACUGCCAGGGACCGUGCCAUGAGAACCAGAAUUGUAUAGCAACUCAUGAGUCCAAUGGCAUUGACAUAAUCACUGCCCUGAUCCUGAAUGAUAUCAACCCUCUGGGGCGAAAGAGAAUGGACCUGGUUCUGGAGCUCAAGAACAAUGCUUCUAAGCUGCUCCUUGCUAUCAUGGAGAGUCGACACGACAGUGAGAAUGCAGAACGAAUCCUGUACAAUAUGAGGCCAAAGGAACUGGUCGAGGUGAUAAAGAAAGCCUAUUUGCAGGGCGAGGUAGAGUUUGAAGAUGGCGAGAGUGGAGAGGAUUAUGCGGCCUCACCCCGAAAUGUGGGGCAUAAUAUUUAUAUCUUGGCACAUCAGCUUGCACGGCACAACAAGGAAUUGCAGCAUAUGCUUAAACCUGGAGUGCAGACAGGGGAGGGAGAUGAGGCGCUGGAGUUCUAUGCCAAACAUACUGCACAAAUCGAGAUUGUGCGCCUGGACCGCACCAUGGAGCAGAUAGUGUUCCCCGUGCCAAGUAUCUGCGAGUUUCUUACCAAAGAGUCUAAGUUGCGUAUUUAUUACACAACAGAGAGGGAUGAACAAGGUAGCAAAAUCCAUGACUUCUUUCAGCGUUCUGAGGAUUUGUUCAAUGAGAUGAACUGGCAGAAGAAACUAAGAGCGCAGCAUGUUCUGUACUGGUGCUCGAGGAACAUGACCUUCUGGAGCAGCAUCUCCUUCAACUUGGCUGUUCUAAUGAACCUGCUUGUUGCUUUCUUCUACCCAUUUGUUAACGUGCAUGGAGGGACACUGGACUCCCGUCUCUCUGGCUUGCUUUGGACAGCUAUGAUGGUAUCUUUGGCCAUUGUCAUCGUCCUUCCAAAACCACAUGGAAUAAGAGCUUUGAUUGCAUCUACAAUCCUACGCCUUAUCUUCUCCAUUGGUCUGCAACCUACUCUCUUCUUGUUAGGAGCUUUUAAUGUCUGCAAUAAGAUAAUCUUCUUGACAAGCUUUGUUGGAAAUCGUGGCACGUUUACACGAGGAUAUGGAGCGAUGGUCCUGGAUGUUGAGUUUCUCUAUCACCUUCUUUAUCUGAUGAUCUGUGCUAUGGGUGUAUUUGUGCAUGAAUUCUUCUACAGUCUUCUGCUCUUUGACCUAGUCUACCGGGAGGAAACACUACUCAAUGUAAUAAAGAGUGUAACAAGAAAUGGACGUUCCAUCAUCCUCACAGCAGUGUUGGCUUUAAUCCUGGUCUACCUCUUUUCCAUCGUUGGUUAUCUUUUCUUCAAAGAUGACUUCAUACUGGAAGUAGAUAGGCUACACAAUGAGACCAUUUUCCCAGAGAAUGGAGGCACCAUGACUUCAGAGCUCCUGUAUUCAGAAGUUUGUCGUCUGGGGUCUGACACUAACUGCACCCAGGAAGAAUUAUCCCAGGUUACAGAAGAGGAAGAGGAGGAGAAAGAACACACUUGUGAGACACUGCUGAUGUGUAUUGUGACUGUGCUGAGCCAUGGACUGAGAAGUGGUGGAGGAGUAGGAGAUGUGCUCCGGAAACCCUCUAAAGAGGAGCCGCUCUUUGCUGCUCGUGUGAUCUACGAUCUGCUGUUCUUCUUUAUGGUGAUCAUCAUUGUGUUGAACCUCAUUUUUGGAGUUAUCAUUGACACGUUUGCUGAUCUGAGGAGCGAGAAGCAAAAGAAAGAAGAGGUGUUGAAAACAACCUGCUUCAUCUGUGGGCUCGAAAGGGACAAGUUUGACAAUAAGACGGUAACCUUUGAGGAACACAUAAAGGAAGAGCACAACAUGUGGCAUUAUUUGUUUUUCAUUGUUCUGGUAAAGGUGAAAGAUUCCACAGAAUACACUGGACCAGAGAGCUAUGUAGCAGAGAUGAUUAAGGAGCGGAAUUUAGACUGGUUUCCAAGGAUGAGAGCAAUGUCUCUAGUGAGCAGCGACUCUGAAGGAGAACAGAAUGAGCUGAGGAAUCUGCAGGAGAAGCUGGAAUCCACCAUGCGACUAGUGACAAACCUGUCCAGCCAGCUGAGUGAGCUGAAGGACCAAAUGACAGAGCAGAGGAAACAGAAGCAGAGGAUCGGCCUCCUGGGACAGCCAGCACAUCUGAACAUCAACCCUCAGCAACCAGCGUAGCCACGCAUUUCGCUUCCUGCUCCACACAACUGCUGCCCAUUACAGAGCAGGAGACACAGGAUGUAAUCGCAUACCAUGUGAUCUCAACCCUAAAUUCACCUCUUGUCCCCCAUGCUAUUUGGGCAUCUGAUGGCACUUAUUGGUGCGUUGUGCCCGCUGCUCAUGGGGGGAAGAAAAGAAAGUGACCGGGGACUAAGUCAGAACUUGAAGCAAAGGAGUGAAUUUUAUAUUUAAGAGUCAAAUCUAUUUAUAAGACAUUUCAUUUUUGUAAAUCAUGUCUGAGUGUAUAGAUCUGUGUAAUUAUACUUUGCUUGGUGUGGACAAUCACCUCACCCCUUAGCUGUCCCUGUAAUAUAACGGAACCCCAUGUCCAGUGUCUCAUUCAACAAAACCUGCCCAGAGGCCUGUAGUAGAUGUUUUCUCUAACAGCAAUAUCUGAUCCAUUUAUAUUAACUCUUGCUUCCAACACACAAGGACCAAAUCUGGUUUUGGGGGGUUCUGCUAGUAUAUCUGGGUGGGUUUGAGAGCCAGUAAGAAGCUGAAUGGAGCCUUUGUAAUGAUGCUGUAGCUCUGAUACAGCCCAGUUGGCCAUUUUUGUCUCAUUGCUCUUUUGUACACACACCUCUGGUUUCUUUCUCAAGGGAAAGUGCCCCCUCACUUUGUAAAUGUGCAAGUUUGAGAUAUUUAAAUAAACACAGAUAAACUGGUCUUCUGUGCACA